AUGGGCAAGAAUAAGCGAAAGUUGCCAGCUACCUCCUCGGGCAAGGGAAGGCACUGGCGCGAGAACAGGUCCCGUGAUGGCUCCUUUGCACCCCCACGCUGCUCUGCCCUCGUCGCGACGAAACCGCUUCCUAAGCCGAAGGACAAGCAUCACACAUACCUCGAGUUUGUCGAGAACAAGGACAAGAAAAUCAAGCUCAACACCUUCUCCAAAAUACCUCCCCGAGGUUAUGACUUUGUUGCCGCUGGCCACCCAUCACUCACCAGCACCUGCAAGGAGAUGUCGCGGGAGAGCGGUGCAAAGAUGUUCAUCGUUGCAAACACGAAUGAGUUGGACCCUCACAGCUUCGCCAAUCAGGUCAACCGCGUCGGAUAUCAUUUUGACAGCCGCAUAGUUGAGAGGGCUAAAGCCAUUCACAUGGAUAGUCCUAUUCACCUACCCGUGGACCCUAACGCCCGCCCUGAGCCUAUCCCCUAUUCGCAGAGGGAAUACCAUGCUCAGGCCGAUGCCGUCCUACGGGACCUGUUCCCUCGCAUCCCCCACACUGACCGACAGAUGAUCAUCGACCAUUCUUUCACUCGAGUACGUCCACAUGGGAUCAACAUCAAGCCUCAACCGGCCGCCGCAGCUGACCUUCCGCUAUCACAGCGUAGUUCCUACAGAGGCAAACUCCCUGUUGGUCUUUCUGCCGAUGUGCCGCUGGCUCGAAGGGCUCAGCUGGCCGUCUUGGCACACAUACGGCAUUGCCAUACUAGGUAUGAUGAAUUGCUCAGGGAUGUGGGCUGGGAUGAGUCACGAAAGACCAUCCAAGCGGCAUGCCUCGAUGUCCUCGUCAAGUGGCGGGGCGACGAGGAGACUGGACGCGACCAGCUCGAGGAGAUCCUGCGAGAAGUCGUUGUCAUCUCAGACUCCGAAGACGACGAUUUCGACGACGAAAACCCUCCAGAUGCUAGUGUUGCCGAUUCCACCAGACCGUUAGAUUCCCGUGUGGAUGUGGUGAACGUGUCUGACAGAGCCUCCUCUCGCCUCCUCUCUACCGGGACCACCAGGGAACUUCACAUGUUGAGUAUCACUCGAGGCUCCGAUGAAGCUCGGCCAGGCCGGGCCCAACGCCGCGGCUUCAAGAGAUACGCAGCCGUUCAGCAAGCAUGGAGCGAAGCCGUGGAGCGUAGUCGUGCGACCGACGCUUCAGCGGGUCACAUACGACAAGUUACUCAUGUGCCCUUCGACGAGCCCAUAGCUGGCGCUGUUAACGCUGAUCAAGGCCACCGUACACCUAUCAGUUUUGGUCUCCCUGGUGGCGCCCCGAGCUCGAAUGGCUAUGUUCCUCAAUCCCGGCGUAGGAAUACGCCGCUCCCCGGUGCCCUGGCAACCUUUGCUGAGGUCAAUUUGGUAACUCGCGGCCAGCCAGGCCGAGGUCCAGCGUCAGCUUCGUACCUGAAUCAGACGCAUCAUCUGGAAACCCCAGUCGAGGAUAUGUUGGUACGUUCCAUUGAGUCCGCACCCCCGGAAACCUCGCGCCCGCCGGCUGUGUCGGACAUGUACGCCAGUUCUUCCAGGUACCACCCCGUAGGCAUGCCGCAGACAUUGGAGCCGCGAGAUGCGAGUCACUUCGACUACGGUCAUCACGUUGGUUAUGCCGCUGUCCCCGGGUGGUCUCGGGCUGCGACCAGCGAGUAUGGCACAGGUUCAUCCACGGUCCAUUCGGCACCUGAUCGAAUCGUGGCGAAUGCUGCCCCUCCUGGUAGUCGUUCAAACCCCAUUCUUAUGGAGGAUCGGGCUGGCUUCUACGAGCGAGUUGCAGAUCCAUAUACACCCUCCAUCAUGAAUGACCGACUCAACGAAACGUUGCGACCUGGCCGUCAAGUGACAGGGCUUCCAGCUCACCACAGAGUCGUGUCCAGUGAGGAAGGUUCAAGCACAUUGCGAGCGAGCCUAGACACUCCUGGAUUUGAGACAGUACCCAUUUCCCGGUCUGGCAAUCCAUCUCGGGUGAGCCACUCGCUCGUUGCCCCAAUACAUCAAUCAUCCUUGAAUUCGUGGGAACCUGCCCGUCCCGCCAUCACUGAAACAUCUUCCUACCUCGGAGGGGGCCACAACCCCGGACAUCGGCCGACGUUUGGCCAAUACCCUCCGCCUCCAUCACAGCUACAUCAGGCAGAGUGA